AUGAUCGCCAUGUUUUCCCGGCAGCGUAUAGAGCUGACAUCUGUCGGCGACGCCGAGCAACAGGGCAGCACGCAUCAGCUGUGUGGAUCUCGCAAGAAGAAGUUCAGCAGGAAAAUACCGAAAAUUCCAAAAGACCUGUUAGUAGCUGCAAGAUUUACAGAGAGAAUCAAGAAAGAACCAGAAGUACAAAUUGGGAUGGCUCUCGUUGUGAACUAUGUUCUCGGAGACCCAUCAGCUGUUUCAGAAUGUGCCAACAAGAUUAAGGAAGAGGCGAAAGGAAAGGGUGAACAGGAUAGAGCAGAGGCUACUGUUGCUCCAUUUGCUGAGGAUUUUGUUCUUGAGCAGGAUCCUCUCAACAUUAAGAAAGAGGAGGAUUUGGAGGAUACAUCAUUAUCAAAUUUGGAAGUUACAAACAGCACUAAACAAGAAGCAGAAGUAACAUUUGAUGGGGAUGGAGCUGAGAAUUGUAAUUUGGAGGAUACAUCUACAAUACUGGAACAUACGAACGACAUCAAACAAGAAGCAGAAAUAACAAUUGACGAGGAUGAAGUUCAGGAUUAUGUUCUUGAAGACCUGCUACCAGUUUCGGAAUGGACUAACAACAUUAAAAACGAGCCAGAAUUAACAAUCGACAAGGAUGAAAUGAAGAAUAAUGAUCUUGGUCGACCAUCAUCUUCAGAAUGGACUUAUAACAUUAAAGACGAGACAGAAGCAGCACUUGAAGUGGAUCGUGUUGAGGAUAAUGACAUGGUCUCAACAGAAUAUGCAUCAAAUACUACAUGGUCCAGCCAGAUUAUGGAAAAAUUCCCCAGCACUUCACGAGGAAAUGUUCUUCAAAAACUGAUACACGAGAAGACAAUGCACUUGAGAUUCCUCUUCCAGUCAUGUAACGAACAAGGUAACUUAGCCUGUCUGAAUUCACUGUACUGGCAUUCGGGAGGAGUGAGGUCUAUUCACCAUCGGGCCAUCCCGACUUGGGUUUUCCGUGCUUUCAUCAAGUGAAUGAGAGUGGUGCCUUCGAAUAAGACAUGGCCAACUUCCCGUCCUGGCCUCACCUAAUCCUAUCCUACGUUGUGAAUGUUUUACAAAUCUAUUUAUUAUUUCUGUAAUGUGCUGUCCUGUUCUGUUGUGCUUAAUGGUCUGUGAUUGAAGACAUAAAUCAGCAAUAAACCAUAAAUUAAAUAAACAAAAACAUUACAAACAUGUUAUUUCAUGCAUCACAGAAAUACUUAGAAGGACCUCUUACCAGUGGAGAUUUAAUAUAAAUUGGUGGUUCGUUCUUUAUCUCACUGGUCAGUGUACUCUUAUUUUGUAAAUGCUUUGCCUUUACAAAUGUCUGCUUGUGUAUGUGUAUGUUCGAAUGGAUAUAUCUGUGUGUGCGAGUGUAUAUCUGUCCUUUUUUCCCCCUAAGGUAAGUCUUUCCGCUCCCGGGAUUGGAAUGACUCCUUACCUUCUCCCUUAAAACCCACAUCCUUUCGUCUUUCCAUCUCCUUCCCUCUUUCCUGACAAAGCAACCGUCGGUUGCCAAAGCUAGAAUUUUGUGUGAUGUUUGUGUUUGUGUGUCUAUCGACCUGCCAGCACUUUCGUUUGGUAAGUCACAUCAUCUUUGUUUUUAGAUAUAUUUGCAAAUGUACGUAUAUUCUGUGCACCUGUGAUAAUACUGUGUCCUCUGACAACAAUAUUUCAAACUGCUGCCCUCUUAUUAUUGCAGUUUGACACCAGCCGGCCUC